AUUGCUCAUUAACAAAUGAAAAGGCCAAAAGGAAAAAAAAAAAGAAAAAAAAAAGAAAAAAAAAGGCGGCUUCUCCGGAGUAGAAGCAGGGCACCACCACCCCUUGGGUUAAAGCCCCAAGCCUCCUCCUCCUCUCUCUCUCUCUCUCUCUUUCUCUCUCUCUCUCUCUCGCGCGCGCGCGCGCUCGCUUGCUCGCUCGCUCUCGCUCUCGACAUCCACGGUGCCCUCGCGCUCUCUCUUUUCUCUCAUGCUGAGCUCCUCUAACCUAACGCACCAGAGCUGUUUCCACCGUGCGGCGGGGGCGGGGGCGGGGGCGGGGGCGGAGGCGGUGGUCAUCUGCGGUACUUAGGGUUCGAGUCGAAGAAGCACCUGGGAGCGCUUGAGGAGCUCGGCCUAGGGUUUUCUAGAGCUCCGAGUUGUUCUUAAACGAGCUUGAGCUGCAUGUUGGAGCUUGGAGAGGAGAUCUGAGGUAAUCGAGCUUCGGAUCGAAGUUGGUUUGUGUAAAGGAGCGGUUUUGUGUAGCCUUUGACGAGCUAUGGAGUGUUUGGAGCUUGAGAUUUGGGAAAGUUGGCGUCUUUAGCUGAGUUAGCCGGUGUACGUUUUGUUGGCUUAUUUUUAUUUCUCUAUCUUUUAGGGCUUUUGUUGCUGUUUGAGGUUGGAAGGGAUUUGUUAGGAGGUUUCGGAGCCAAGAGGCUGUGAAAAAUUGGAGGUUUUUAUACUUGGUUUCAGCUUGGUUUUCUUUGGUUUAAAGGGAGAAUAGUUUUAUGAUGUUAGAUGUUUAUGAGUCAUAAAAAAGAUUUUUUUAAAUUUGAAGGUGUGAUCUGUUGACACUGGAAGUGAGCAUUUUGUGAUUCAGUUGAGUAGUUUGAGAUCAAAGACAUGUUGAUCCCUUUCGCAUUCUUUAGCUUUUAGAUGAGCUCAAGGCUGAGAAAUUCGAUAAAGGGGAAGAUGAAGCAUAAAUAAAGGUUCGUCGCAGAUUUACGUAGUGGAGAAGCUCUUCAAAGAGUGCGCUUGCGAAACCAAGGAAAAGGUGCUACUUUGUCCUAAUAGAGUAGUUUCUUUUGUACUGAGCUGUUAAAUUAGUUGUGGAAGAUGAGGCUUUCGCCGUCAGGACUACCCGAGCAACCACCAGAAGAAGAGCAAAGAUGUCUGAAUUCAGAGUUAUGGCAUGCGUGCGCUGGGCCUCUGGUGUCGAUGCCUGCUAUCGGUUGCAGGGUGGUUUACUUCCCACAGGGCCACAGUGAGCAGGUAGCAGCUUCAACAAACAAGGAAAUUGAUAACCAAAUUCCGAAUUAUCCAACCCUACCUCCUCAGCUCAUUUGUCAGCUGCAUAAUGUGACUAUGCAUGCUGAUGCAGAGACAGAUGAAGUUUAUGCGCAGAUGACGUUGCAGCCACUGGGUCCGGAAGAGCAAAAGGAGCCAUAUCUUCCCACUGAAUUAGGAACCCCUAGCAAACAGCCUACCAACUAUUUUUGUAAGACUUUGACUGCAAGUGACACCAGCACACAUGGCGGAUUCUCUGUUCCUCGUCGAGCAGCUGAAAAAGUCUUUCCUCCGCUGGAUUUUUCCCAGCAGCCUCCGGCACAAGAAUUGAUUGCAAAGGACCUUCAUGGGAAUGAAUGGAAAUUUCGCCACAUCUUUCGAGGUCAACCAAAGAGGCAUCUUCUUACAACUGGCUGGAGUGUGUUUGUGAGUGCAAAGAGACUUGUUGCUGGGGAUUCCGUCCUUUUUAUCUGGAACGAAAAUAAUCAGUUGCUUCUGGGGAUUCGACGUGCUAAUCGACCUCAGACGGUCAUGCCCUCGUCAGUUCUGUCUAGUGAUAGCAUGCACAUUGGCCUUCUUGCUGCCGCUGCUCAUGCCGCUGCAACUAAUAGCCGGUUCACAAUAUUUUAUAACCCAAGGGCAAGCCCUUCUGAAUUCGUCAUUCCUCUUGCCAAGUAUGUUAAAGCAGUAUAUCACACUCGAGUCUCUGUGGGUAUGCGUUUCCGAAUGCUCUUUGAGACAGAAGAGUCAAGCGUUCGCCGGUACAUGGGCACUAUUACGGGUAUUAGUGAUCUUGAUCCCAUCCGAUGGCCAAACUCGCAUUGGCGUUCUGUGAAGGUUGGCUGGGAUGAGUCCACUACUGGAGAGAGGCAGCCAAGGGUUUCACUUUGGGAGAUUGAGCCCCUCACAACCUUCCCAAUGUAUCCAUCUCCUUUCCCUCUUCGACUUAAGCGACCAUGGCCUUCAGGAUUGCCCUCUUUCUAUGGUGGGAAGGAGGAUGAUUUUGGUCUGACUAAUCCUCUGAUGUGGCUCCGAGAUGCUGGAAACCCUUGGUUUCAAGCCUUAAAUUUCCAGGGAUUAGGCUCCACUCCAUGGAUUCAGCCAAGAAUGGAAAACCCAGUACUUGGACUUCAAUCCGACAUGUACCAAACAAUAGCUGCAGCAACAGUUCAGGAAAUGAGAAAUUUGGAUCAAGGAAAACAGCUUUCUCCAUCUAUGCUACAAUUCCAGCAACCUCAGAAUGUAGCGAAUAGAUCCUCUCCUUUAUUAUCAAGUCAGCUUCCACGGCAAACCCAGACUGAGUCCCAACAAUCCCUUUUCCAGACUAUUCAGGAUAACCAAGUCCAAUGCCUGUCAUUUAGUGAGUUGCAGCAGCAGCAAAGACAGCUUCAGCAGAAGCACUUUUCUGACCAGCAACAAAUCCCUAAUGUAGUUUCAACUUUUCCGCAGUUCAUCUCUACUACUCAAUCCCAACAUCUAACAGUUCGUCCAGUUUCCUCCUUUUCUCAAUCUCAGAAUAUUUUGGAGUCAAAUGAUAACUCAUUAUCAUCAUCUAGUCCCCUGCAUAAUAUUUUGAGCUCUUCUUCUCUAGAAGCACAAUCACAUCUUCUUAAUUUACCUAAAACCACCCCGCUAGUAGUUUCGAGACCCUGGUCCUCUAAACGAGUUGCACUCGAGUCUGUUGUUUCUUCAGGAUCUCAGUGUGUCAUGCCUCAAGUAGAACAACUGGAUUCUAUUUCUACUACACUAGCACCAUUUCCAGGAAGAGAAUGUUCAGUCGACCAAAACGCCAAUGAAGAUCCUCAAAGCCAUCAGUUAUUUGGUUUUAAUUUAGAUUCCUCUUCACUGUUAGUACAAAGUGGUUUGUCGAGCAUCCGAACAAAUGGGAAUGAAAUUGUUUCAAAUGUGAUUCCUUUUGCUGCUUGUAAUUAUCUGAGCUCCUCAGGAAAUGAUUUCCAGCUGAGUCAAGCACCAACUAGUUCCAGUUGCUUGGAUGAGUCUGGACUUUUGCAGCUUUCAGAGAAUAUUGAACAUGUGAACCCACAAAGUGGAACAUUUGUGAAGGUUUACAAAGCCGGUACAUUUGGAAGAUCACUCGAUAUUGCUAAAUUUAGCAGCUAUGAUGAGCUGCGUGGUGAACUGGGUCGCCUGUUUGGCCUACGAGGCCAGUUGGAAGACCCUUUGAGAUCAGGCUGGCAGCUUGUAUUCGUUGACCGUGAGGGUGAUAUUCUUCUUGUUGGCGAUGACCCUUGGCAGGAAUUCGUGAAUAGCGUGUGGUGCAUAAAGAUACUUUCGCCGCAAGAGGUGCAACAGAUGGGCGAUCUUUCAAACUCAAACCCCAUCAAAAGAAUUCCCACCAGCAGUUGCGAUGACCAUGCAGGUUGGCAGGAAACGAGAAAUCUGAGCUCCGGUAUCACAUCCAUGUGCUCUUUAGAGUACUGAAAAGUUAAAAGAGAAAAAAAGAUAGUAAAGAAGAAAAGCCUGUGGAGCUAGCUCCGAGCUGGACUGCAGAAACACUUUUCAGUGUUGGGAAGCUGAAUCGAAGAAGCAAAACCUAGUAAGUCGGCCUAAACUACGUUAUGCUUAAUAAUUGUAUAAUAUGAUAUCAGUUGGUAGUCUUAAUAUACAUGCCUAGAGCUGUAGUUUCUCCAAACUGAUUCUAUCAAUGUAAGCCUGUUUCGUUACAUCCGCUUUUAUAACGUAUGGACUGUGUCAAUAUUCUAUGCGUUCAAAUUUGUUCUUCUCAUAUCCUCUUUCUAUGCUCUUUUCUAUUUCUCAUUUCUUUAGGCUGUAGGUUUCACCAUGAGUAGUGAUACUACCUCAGCAUGAAUUUUUAUUUAUAUAUCAAAAUGUACUAUAUUUGUUCAA